AUGGUUACCCCAAGGAGAAGCUUCCUCCCUCGCGAGGGAUUGUAUAUUGAUCCUAUUGUCACGGGCCUACGCAAGACGGUUCUCUAUCCCGGUUUCAGCAUUCCUGCCUGGUGCGUUGCGCAGAAGGCGGGGAUAGCGUCACCGCUCUACAUGCGACUUGCUCAAUACCUCGCUAUAGCCAGCGCCCUCCUCUGGCUCAACACGUAUCUCAGUAGGCAAAGCCGAAACAACUGGACCAUCGAUCAUAUGUGGAAUGGUGACUGGACGAAAGAGAUUGUGGUGGUCACCGGGGGUAGUGGCGGGCUGGGGGCAGGAGUCGCUCAGCAACUAGCGGCCAUGGGAGCCCGCGUUGUGGUCGUCGAUAUCCUUCCUUUGACUUACGUGCCUGAGAGCGACCGCAUUACCUACUAUCAAUGUGAUCUGAGCGAUGAGAACCAGAUUGCAUCCCUUUGUGAGAAGAUUCGGUCUGAGGUUGGCGAUCCAUCUGUCUUGGUCAACAAUGCCGGGCUCUCGCGCGGCCAAACCGUAGCGGAGGGGACGUACCACGACAAUAGCAUCACCUUCAAGACGAACCUCCUCGCCCCGUUCCUCCUGACCAAGGAAUUCCUUCCCGGCAUGAUUCACCGCCAGCAUGGCCAUAUUGUCAACGUCUCCUCAACGAGUGCAUAUAUUCCCCCGGCGGGACUGGCGGAUUACGCGGCUUCUAAGGCCGGGUUAAUCGUGUUUCAUGAGUGUCUAUCUCAAGAGCUCAAAUUUCGCCACAAUGCUCCCAAGAUUCGAACCUCGCUUUUGGUCCUGAGCUUUACCAAAACCCCAAUGUUCAAAGGGGAAACCAACCAAUCCCAUUUCUUCAUGCCGCUGUUGCAUGCGGACACGGUGGUGGAUGCGAUCGUUGACACUCUGGUCGGUGGGUUGAGUCGGACCAUUUACUUACCGGGGAUCUUUCGGCUUUUUGCUGGAUUGCGAGGUGCGCCGGAAUGGUUCCAGACUUUAAUCCGAGAUCGCUCGCAAUCCUUGGCGGUGGACUUCAAAGGCCGGCAAAAGAUCGAUCCGGUUGCGGGAAAGCUUGUCUAG